CGAAGAAGCAAAAAGUGUCGAAAUGGCCGAAGAAGUGUUGUUGUUUGGUGCUUGGGGAAGCCCCUUUACUCACAGAGUAGAGAUGGCUCUGAAACUGAAAGGAGUGGAGUACAAAUACAUGGAGGAAGAUAUAACCAACAAGAGCCCUGCGCUUCUCAAAUACAACCCCAUUCACAAGAAGAUUCCCGUGCUUGUACACAACGGAAAGCCUAUCGCCGAGUCCCAAGUUAUUCUCGAAUACAUGGAUGAGACAUGGCAAGGCUAUCCCUUGUUGCCCAAGGAUCCGUAUCAGAGAGCCGUUGCACGUUUCUGGGCCAAGUUCAUUGACGAUAAGUGCUUGCUGCCGGUAUUUAAAGCUUUCUACCCGGGUGAAGAGGAGGAGCGUGAAAAGGCUGCGGAAGAAACAUCUGAGCUUCUGAAGUUUCUAGAGGAAGAGCAAAAGAAAAAAAGGUUCUUUGGAGGAGAGAGUAUUGGAAUGGUUGACAUUGUCGCUAGCUUUAUUGCCUUUUGGCUUAGAGUUUUGGAAGAAGCUUCGGGGGUAGAGUAGUUGACCACUGAGAAAUUUCCCAAACUUUGCAACUGGAGUGAUGAGUUCGUGAGCAACGGUGUUAUCAAGGAAAAUCUACCUGCAAGAGACAAACUAAUUGCCUAUUUACGAAAUCGCAUUGGGGGCACUAAUGCUUCCAAAUAGAUCGAUGUAAUAAAUAAUCCACUACUGUAAUAAAUAAAUGGGCUUCUGCCAUAUGCUUGUAAUUUCGUCUGAAUUUCUGCCGUCUUGUGAUGACUCUGUUUUUCUUUUUCUUUUCGUUUUGGAAGUGUUUAGGCUUGAUGUAUUGAAGUGAUGAUUUCUCCUUACGUUAUAUUGGAUGAAUCUAUGUUAUGAUCAAA